GCAAUGUUGCCACGACUUCUGCGACGACCGCGAAUAAUCCUAUGUUUAGGGUUGCCGUGUGCGAAGGUAGGCUGGGUGGCAAGGGUUUUGUUGCCGUGUCCGAAGGAAGGCCGGUGCGAAGGGUCUCUCUCCGGUGGUUGAAGAUCCGGCGGCUCGGGUGCGAAGGAAGGUUGGGUGCCAAGGGUUCCUUAUGUAGAGGAUCCAAAUACUCCGGAAGAAACGUUUUUGAUUCAAUAUUAAUUCAAUGGAGCCCCCACGGGUUGGCGUAGUUACUCCAAUAGGUCUUGAUGUCAAUGCUCAACGGGUGCAAAAUGCCUCGCAGCGUGCUUGACCUCCUCCAUGCAAAGGGGUCGCUGUGCUAGGGCAAAUGUCCACUGUGAUUUUUCCCUUUCCAGAAAGUGUGGGUGCGCCCUGUAGGGGCCCCUAAGGACUCUGAUAAGAUAAUAUUUGAGCGUUUGCAAAAGGAAUUUGAUGCUGCAUGCUGCUCAAACUGGAGUGACUUUAUAUUCGUGCUAAAAUCUCGCAAUGGAAACACAAAAACCACGAUCCGAAAAGCCACGUUCAGUUGAUCCAGCCAUGACUUCAUGCAGAAAGAAGAAAUCAGAUGAUGCUGGCUUUUUAGAGGAUCUGAGAGAUCAUAUUGAUGAAUUCAUUCACGCAUCGAUGGAUGAGCACAAGAAUUGCUUUCAGAAGACGAUUAAAAAGAUGUUCGGAAUGUCGAGGGCAGUCGCACAGAGAAACGAAGAAAUUAAAGAAGCCGACAGCCUUUUGCCUCUUCAGACAACCGUCAGCCAGGAGUCGUCCUAGUUGCAGCUAACUACUACUGCAACUGAUGUUGAACAAAUAAAUAGCAAGACUUUAAUUUAAACACUGUUGUUUCUUUCGUGCUACAGGCCAUGAUAUUUGAAUGCUGAGUCCAAACACUUAUCGUUUAAUGUUUUCUUAUUUCUUUUGCGUUCA